AUGACCGCUGCACAAAUUUUCUCUUAUCAUCUAGGACAUAACUAUGAUAUCUGGUUUUGUUUCAUGAUCUUCAUCCUCAUUUACUGCCCCGCCAUCUCUGGUGGGCAUAUUAACUCAGCAGUGACGUUUGGGCUUUUCUUAGCCCAUAAAGUGUCACUAAUCCGUGCUGUGAUGUAUAUCGUGGCAGAAUGCUUGGGAGCAAUGUAUGGUGUAGGGCUAAUAAAGGCCUUCCAAAAAUCUUACUAUGUGCGGUAUGGUGGUGGGGCGAACGAGAUCGCUGAUGGCUACAGAAAAGGUGUGGGUUUUGCAGCUCAAAUUAUUGGCACCUUUGUCUUUGUCUACACUGUUUUCUCUGCUACUGAUCCCAAGAGAAGUGCCAAAGACUCCCAUGUCCCUAUAAGUUCACCUGUAUUGGCACCACUUCCAAUUGGGUUUGCAGUUUUGUUCUGCCCCUUUGGUGGGUCAGACAACCAGGUUGAAACAACUGCUUCUGAACGGGAGCAGUUAUUGCUUGUGAAAUUUCAGAGCUUGAAGCCAGGUAGAUCAUAUUGUGAAUCAAGUAACUGGGUUGAACCUUCUGUAGGACUUCGUGUUUGCUUGGACAAACGGAGCAAGAAUCUGAAUUAA